GUCACGGGUAGGGGUCUGAGAAGCUAGGAACCGACUACCGACACACGUGAUUCGUAGCGUUUCCAUGUUGUACUUUGUGCUGUUCGUGAGUGGUUAUUUGAUCUAUACUCAGUUACGAUGCCCCGAAGGUGUUGUAUGCCGAAUUGCAGGGGCAAUUACGAUAAUGGACCUAAAGUCAGUGUAUUUUAUUUUCCAUCUGACGAGAAUUUAAGACGAAAAUGGUUAUCGGCUGUUCACAGACAAGACUGGACACCGAGUAAGCACUCUGUUAUAUGUGAACUGCAUUUCAACAAGGACGACAUUUUAAGCAGUACCAGUAUGUAUGACCCGAAAACUGGUAUACUCUUGACAGCACCGUUGGAUCGUCGACGCUUGAGAAAAGAUGCUAUCCCAUCGAAGUUGCCUGGAUGCCCAUCUUACUUGUCGAGUCAUCAAACUGCAGUACGAGAGGACCCAGAAAUUCGUAGGGGGCGUUUAGAAAAUCGUGCUCUUCAAAUUGCUAUCCAAGAAAGUGUGGACACACAUGCGAAAAUGAUUGAUGCGAUAUCGUUCGAUAGUUUAGAUCAAAUGAAAACAAAGUUGAGUGAAUGUGAAAAGCACAGUGACUGGGUAGUGAUAAACAAAUCUGACAGUGUGAGACUAGUGUUACUAAAGCAUUUGUGUAUAAAGCAGUGA